AUGUAUCAAUCGACUCCCACUCUCCGUUCUUCAACUUCCAACAAAAUUCCUCAAUUUACACCCUCUCUCACUGCAAUGACCGCCACCACAACCCCCUACCUCACCUCCCUCCAACGCGACGGCUUCGUCCGCAUCCCCUCGCUCCUCACCCCCGAAGAAAUCACCCACUUCCGCACCAUCGCCACCGAAACCACCCACCUCACCCGCAAGGGCCAAUGGCCACACUUUCGCACCGUCCCCAAGCAAUUCCCACCAUGGCCGUCAACCGCGCCUCCGGCCUCUGAAGGCGGGAUCUGGGGCGUGCAGCACCUGCUGCACCCCGACAUGCCGCACCGCACCGACUUCGCCCGCUUUUACUUCUCCGACAAAGUGCUCGCCGUCGCCGAAGAGCUGCUGGGGGUGACCGGCUCAUGCACCGCCCGAGACAAUGACACGACGGAAGAGCCGCUGGUGAUGGAGCUCUUCAACCUCCUCGUCGCCCCGGAAACCAAGGACUUCGCGCUGCGCUGGCAUCGCGACGACAUCCCCGAGCACGUCUCCGAGGAUGAGGAGAUGCGCCUCCUGCACCAGAAGAGCCCGCACGGCCGCCAGUCGCACGCCCAGUAUAACCUGGCCCUGUGCGCGGACCGCUCGCUGAUUGUGGUGCCGGGCUCGCACCGCCGCGUGCGCACAGAGGUCGAGCGCACCGCGGACCCCUAUGCGCCCGAGCUGCCGGGGCAGUUGGUUGUGGAGUUGAAGCCUGGCGAUGCGGUGUUUUAUGAUAGUAAUAUCCUACAUCGUGGGGUGUAUCGCGCGAAGCCGGAGGGGCAGGAGGAGGAGCCGCGGUUGACGUUGCAUGGGAGUAUUGGGUUGAAGGCUGCGGGGGAUGAUGCUGCUGCUGCUGCUGGGGCAAAUGGGGAGGAGGGUGCUGCCGGGGGGAGCGCAGCCGGUAAGGUGCGGGCGACGGCGGUGUUGCAGCAUGGGGUUGGGGCGUGGGUGCGGCGCGAGGAUGCGGCGUUUGGCAUUGGGGAACGCGCGGAGAGGAUGAGGGCGAACCUGGUGGCUAUGGGGUCUGGGGAUGGGGUUGGGUUCUCUCUGCAGGGGUGAUCUCUGACGGGGUUUUUGUCUGUCUGGAGGAUAGUGUAGAUAAGAUGGGAUUGAUAGAGCACUGUAAUG